AUGGCGUCUGGCACGGUGGCGAUCCGCGAGAUCUCGUCCAUGGCGACGCGCAGCGAGAGCUUGAAGAUCUCCUCCGGAUCGGAGGUGGAAUUCGCGCCGACGGCGGAGAGGCUCGAGUAGCAGGAGGACUCCAGCUCCUUCCUCACCACGCUGCACACGGCCUUGACAGAUCCCGUCCCUGCCGGCGAACCUACUCCUCCACCGGCGGAGGAGUAGCGAUUCCCGCGCCCUGCGCCGCUGACGCCGACGACGACCAACACCACCGCCACGAGAAGCAGAAGAAGGACAGUCGAGAGACCGGCGAUGGCGAGGCGGCGCUGCCGGUUUCUCUCCGGGAGCGCCCUCUCAUCGGCGACGGCGACGGCGACCUUCCCGUAACCCCUUAGCGUUUUGACGGAAUCCAUCCUCCUGCCGCUUCUGGUUUAAGCCCGCGUUUUCUCUGCAGUGGGAACCUGUAGAUGGAGUGGCAUUUUAUUUAUUGGCGCGGUGGGUGAGGGAGGGUCGUUGGUAGAAAAGGUCUCUAAAGCCCCCGAAUACCACGGGAUCCAUGCACAGAAAAAGGGUAUUAUAGUCACUUUCUAUGGCAGUGGGCGCCGGUGCAACUAAUUAUAUUACCUGUGAAAGGUGUUUUGGUAAAAUACAGGUAGCGACAGGUUGCUCUCCAGAGAGAGAGAGAGAGAGAGAGAGAGAGAGAGAGAGAGGGCAUUUGGAUAUUUGUCACUUCCGUGUUUGUGAAGAAUAGAUUAUAAAUUUAUACACUUUAGGACGCACAUUUUCACUUAAUUACCAAAGGAACCAGCACCUCAAGCUUGUCGUCCAAUGAACCAAUCCGAACCUUCCGAGAAAAGACAGGAUGAAAGCUAAGCAGCCUGCCUCGAGUGUCAUCUCUCUCUCUCGCUGUCUCUCGACUCCUCUAAUCGCUCCCUCUCCAUCUCUCUCUCUCUCUCUCUCUCUCUCUCUCUUCUCCUUAGGUGCAUGCAUGUAAGCAAGACGGGGUGCUUAUUUUUUGGGUUUUUUUCUUACUCCUAAUCCCGCCUGAAAAUUAAUUUGCGAUAUUUUCCGAUUAAAGUUUCCAAGCGUCCCCCCACCCCCCGAAUUUUUUUUUUAAUAUACGCCUCAGACUCCGAAGACAUCCCUCAUUUAAGUCAACAACAACGAAAAAGUUCAACAUCUAACAUUGAAAGACACGCAUUACGUCUAAUCCAAUGCUUUUUAGAUUUUUUUUCUCCUUAUUUGGACUGAUUCAUGCACUAAGCUGACACAUAUGGUGCCAUAAAUCAGUUGAUUUAACUCGGAUGGAGCAAGUUAACUCCAUAUUCCGUUAAUUAAUCCUAGACAAUCCCUACAAUGAGGGAGGCAUAUUCCAUCUGGGUGAUGGUUAAUAAUCCUCAUAAGAAUCUUGAGGAGAGAGGGAGGGCGGGAGGGAGGGAGGAAGAGAGAGAGAGAACCUAAAAAUAAUUCUUAGGAGAGAGAGAGAGAGAGAAAGAGAAAGAGAACCUUAGAAUAAUCCUCAAGAGAGAGAAACAAUAAUCCUUAGUAGGGAGAGAGAUAGAGAGAACCUUAGAAUAAUCCUCAAGAGAGAGAGAGAGAGAACAUCAAAACAAUCCUCAAGAAAGGGAGAGAGAUAGAGAACAAGAAUAUAUAGAAAUAAAUCAACAUCUAUACAUAUUUCUCAUGAUGAACUAAAUUAUUAGCAAAAUUAAUAAUUACUUUCUGUCACAACAUAAUUUAGGAGGAGAUGAACUUAGAAAACCUGAUUCUCAUAAUAAGAUCAUAAUAACAAACCAUAAAAAAUACUUUCUUGUAUUUCUUUAAACUCUACUUGAAUUAUAGCAUAGGCAACUGCACUUUGUUUUUUACUUCUCCAUGUGGCCAUAUUUCACCAACUAAUGUAUAAUACCUUGAAAUUUAUGCAUUAGCCCAAUUCACAUGUAUAACAUUUUAUUUCAAGGUGUCUAUGAGCAAUAUGAAGAAGAUCAUUGCCUGGACAUCUUUUGAGAUAUCAAAGUACACAAAUUACAACUAGAAUAGAAGUCAUCCAUAAAUUGAUUGACUACACUCACAACAUAAGAAAUAGCUGGACGAUUAUGUAAAAGAUAUAUGAAUCAUUCAACAAGUUGUUGAUAUUGUAGUUUAUCUACUUGUUCUCUAUUAUCACUUGAUAAGUAAUGAUUUUUCUCUAUAAAAAAUAAUAGUUAGUCUUCAACUCAUGACACUAGUUUUCAUAAGAAAAUCUAAGGUGUAUUUUAUUUAAGAUAGAAAAAUUCUUUUAGGAGAUUGAGAGACUUUAAUUAUGAGAACGUAAUUUAAUCAUCUCAUAUUAUUAUUUCAAAAGCUUGAGCCAAUUAGAUCUCUAAUUUACUGAUAUUUCUAACAUCAUCUAUUAUAGUCAUGAUAUCAACAACAUGUACAAUUAGGAUGGUAAUCAUAUGACAAUUACAUUGCAAGAAAAGAAUAUGAUUUAUAUUACUUUUUUUAUUUCCCCUUUUCAUUAUACUUUUUAAAAAAACAAUCAAACCAUGCUUGAGAAAAAAAAUUAAGACUAUAAAGUGACUAUUUAAGUGGCAUACCUUUUCAACUACUUGCGUAGUAUAAGAUAUUCCUACCAUUGUUCACAACACAUGAUAUGAGAGUUGUUAUUGAAUUCAUCUUGACAUCAUGUGCAAAUGUUUCUUUAUAAUCUAUCCCAUGUAUCUAUGCAUAUUCUUUUGCAACUAAGCAAACUUUAUAUCGAAGCAAGCUUCCAUGUCUUAAUUUUUUUUAGUCAUAACUUUCUUCCAUUUUUCAUCUUGUAAUGUCAUCUUUCAACCUGUGAGCAUGAAAAUUAUCAACAAUCAUGUAACAAAACUUUGAUUAGAUGAAGAUAAGAAUUUCUAUGACACAAUAUUAGUGAUGCCAUGUUCAUAUCUUUCAUCAUCUUUGAAAUGGAUAGGUAUACCAGUAUAACAAGUAAACUUUAUAGAGUUAUAAGAAUGUGUCAAUCAUUAUUAUCUUGAAUAGAGGGACUACUUGAUGAAUAAUGAGAAUCACUUAUUUCUAAGAAAUAAGUAAUAAAUAAUGAUGAUGUUGUUGUUACUUUGAAUGGUUAUUUGACAUAUAAAAAAUGGAGAACAAGUUCUUGUGAAUAGGAAUGAGCUUGUGACAUUGAUGUCUUUUGUUUUCAUAAAUUCUCAACUUAAAAAUCAGCACUCUUCUCAAAGUCAUCAUAAACUAUGUGAGGAGUAGAAGAGAAUCUGUUUUUAGGACAUUUCUUGCUCCCCUUGUUUGCCAUCAUUAUAUGCAGUAAGAGAAAUUGAAUAUGAGUAUUCAUAUAAAGGUUUUGAUUCUCUAAAUGUAACAUCUAGACUAAUUAAUAUUUUCUUCUCAAUUAGACACCAACACUUGGACCUUUUUUGUGUUGUAGAGUAUUACACAAAAAUGUAUUAAUGUAGAUGAGGAACAAGGUUCCUCUACAUGAUUAAUAAUCUUAUGUAAAAAAAUAUAUCCAAAACUCAUUAUAAACACUUUAGGGGUAUCUUAUAACCUAAAAUCUAAAGUGACACACGAUUAAUCAAAUAUGUUAGUGUCAUAAUUACCUCAUUAUACAAAACUUAAGAAGAAGUUGAUUAUAUCACUAUUCUAUUUUGAGAUGAGGUAUUUAUGUAUGUAGUUUGAUGAAUAAUGUCAUUAUUACACAUGUACUUUUGAAAUUCUUUAAAUGCAUAGUCUACAUCAUUAUCAAAGCAAAUUAUUUUAACUUUAGCUCCAAAUUGUUUCCCAAUCAUAUUAUGAAUUGAAAUAAAUAUACACUUCUUUCUAUUUCAACAAAUAUACCAAUGUUGACCUACCAAAACAAUCAAUGAAUAUAACAAACCAUCUAUGACUAGAAAUAACGGUUUGUACAUGUGGUCCCCAUACAUAUGAAAGCUUCAAAAGUAUACCAAACAAUCUGUCAACAUAUAGAUAUAAGUUUUUAUAUGUUUGGCUAAUUUGCAAGCAUCACACACUAUUUUUUUUAUUACAUAUCACAUAAGUAGAAGAAAAUAAUUAUUUCUUAAGUGAAAAAGGUGAAUGACUAAAUCAUUUAUGAUGUAGAAUCAACUUCACCUCAAUAAGAGACGAAGCCACAAAGCUAGUUUCAAUAUAGUUUUUGAUCAAUCCAUCAUUUAAAUAGUGAAGUCAAUCACACAUUAUUUCAGUCCCAAGUCUCUACCCUAUGGAAGGCAUGAAGCAUGAGGAAUUUGAUGAUAAAGAUAUUAUUGUGGUAUAAUUUAUAAUCUCUUUACUAACAAUUGGAUUCACUAGAAAGACUUGGUAGUAAAGCACACUUUGUUAUGACAAGACCAUGAAGUAAAUUAGAUAAAAAAAUUAGAUAAACUUCUCAUGUGACUAGAUGUCUUAGAAUCAAUUAUCUAAAAUGAAAAAUCAUUGCACAUACGGACUAAGUUCUGACCUCUUCUAUUUGUUUGAGUGAGGUUGUUGCGAGAUGUAGUCUUUGAAGAUUGUACUGAGGAAACCAUCAUAAAAUUGUCACCAUAUGAAACCUACAAGUUGGAUCUAAAUUUUUGAAUGAGUUUCUUUCUUGUGUUGUCAAUUCUCACAGAAAUCAAAAAAUAAGUUUUUUUUUAUUUCCUGAACCUUUAUUGAUUUGCGAUCUCCUUCUAUCACCAAAAGAUCCAUAACUACGUCUUUAAAGUCGCCUAUGUAAUUCAUAGUAAUAUACUUUUAUAUAAUCAAGUUUAUGAUAGAAUACUUGACAUAUCAAAAUCCUCAUCCUUAAGAGAGUCCACCUCCUUGAGAUAUAUUAGAAUCACUAAAAAGAGGUGAAGGUCGUACUAUCAAUCCUAAUCUAACAACUCUAAUUAUAUAUUGUAUCUAAAUAUAGAUGUGUUUAUCUGCUAAGGAUCAUAAAGAUGGACUUGUCAAGAGUAGGCCAAUCUUGUGUGUUCAAUAUAGAAGAAUGUUGAUGCUCAAAUUUUUUAUUUAAUAUAAUAUAAGAAAUCAAUAAGAUGUUGAUGUUUCACCCAAUUUUCGAAAAUGACAACAUUAUAAGUGAGUUAGAGUAAAACUAUUAUGAAAAUUGAAAUCAUUUCAUAUCUUUUUAAACUCACCCACAUAUUUUGUCAUAGACAGAACUUUUCAACUUUUAAGUUCCCUUUGUUUCUUGUGUGUAUGAAUAUGAUUACUUUUGUGAAAGUAAGUUUCUAUUGUAACUUGUCAUAAAUUAAUAUGCAUCAGUCGAUUCGUCAACAGUUCUAGAAUAUUAUGUUUCACAACUAGGGAAUUAUUUGAACUUCGCAUCUUGAAAGUAAUAUCAUCACCUAUAAGCUUCUUCUUUGAUACAUUAUACAUGUCUUGAAAUAUAAAAAAUAUAAAGAUAUGGAACCACCAAAAUUAUAUAAUUUUAUUAUACAAUUAUAUCCUUCAGUUUUUAUAUCACCUUCGAGAUCAUGUAAAUCAAGGACCAAAGAUACAUGAUGUAUCCAACUUAAAUGUUUCAGAUCUAUUAAAAUCAGUAGGAUUAUAUGCUUACAUCAUCUCUAUAUUCUACACAAUUAGAAAUUGAGAUUCAAUCAACUUGACUAGUAAUCUAUCUGAAGGUUUCAUUAUUACUUAAGUUGUAUCAGCUAUUAAAAUGGUGGGAAAAAAAUAUGUACAAUGUCAAAGGUAGAAGAAGAACAAUCUUGUCAAUCCAACUUAGCCACCAAGCCAAAUACCGACUCACUUCAAAGGUGAUUUAUAGAUAUUCAGCUAUAUUGAAACACUUUUGUUGAAAGAGGUCCUGCAAACUAUUGUUAAGGACAUGACUUGUUGCACAAUAUGAAAUAAAGAGUAGGGGAAGAGGAAGAACAGGUGGAAGCAAUGAGUGGAAUGUGCUUGUGGUAUGAAAAGGAAAGAGUGAGAAGAGGUCCUUGAGCACUAAGAAAAAUUUGGCUGCAAAAGAGGGAAAAACGAAAAUCCUUCCCCAUUUUGGCAGUAAGGUUUCGUAUCCCCUUUUUCUCAUUACUUCUCUUUUAUAAUAGAAGUCUUUAAUGUCCCCAAAAUACCCUUGACAGUAGGAAAUGGGCACACUCCAGCAGUCAGGGGGGUUCCCUUCAGACGGGAUAAUCGUAGGGGAAGGAAGUAGACUCGAGCCAACCGUCGCCGGAGAUGAGCGCCUCGACGGUGAACUCGACGGCGUCGUCGUACUCCAUCAGGUGGUGCCCCGCCCAAUCCACCCUCUUCUCCGUCCUCGCCCCUUCCCCUCUGUUCCUGUACUCCCCGUAAUACACCGUCUCCAACCCCUUUCUAGUGGCGUUCCACUCCCUCCACCCAGCCGGAUCCACCACGCUGUCCAUAUACGUCUCCAUGAACACCGUCCUCGAGUACUCCCUCCACGGCCUCCCCAGGUACGUCCUGGUGGCGCUGCCAGCGAAGUCCCCGGCGGCGACGACGGUGCAGUUCUGUAUCGAAAUCCCCGUGUUCUCGUUCGGGUCGUCCCUUCCCUGGGCAGUGAUGGCGUUGAACUGGCCCGGGAGCGGCCUCCUGGGUUGGAUGGCACAGCCCUGGAAGACGACGGCGGCGUUGCCGAAGAUAAAGUCGACGGUGCCAGAGAUGGCGCAUUCCCUGUAGAACUGCCGAAAGGAGUGCACAUAGAGGGUGUCCUGGUAGCCGCUGAAGCUGCACAGGUAGAAGGCGGAGAGGUCCGCGUUCACACGCAGCGCCACCGCCUGCGCGUUCUCCGGCCCCGCCGCGUUCUCCACCGCGAUGUCCCUCGCUAGGAACCCCUCCCCCGCCACCGCUGCUCCACACCCACUCGUCAUUUAUCUCUCUAGGCCCCCUAGAGAGAGAGAGAGAGAGAGAGAGAGAGAGAGGGCUGCUUUUUUACUGACCGAGGGUGGCGGAGCGGAAGGUAGUCCAGCCGCCGCCGACGCUGCGGGAGCCGCGGAUCACGGUGGCGUUGCUGCCGUCGCCGAGGAAGACGACGUUCGUCUUGUAGCUGGGGAUCUCCACGUUCUCGUUGUACACGCCAGCCCGCACGAUGAUGACGGUGCGGUCGCCGCUGUUGUUCGGGACGGCGGCGACGGCGUCGCCGAUAGUCGUGAAGUUGCCGGAGCCGUCCUGCGCCACCGUGAGCACUGAUCUCGGAUCGUACCCAUUUCCUGUAAAACCAUCUUUCACCAUUAAAAUCUACCAAUCGAUCGGGAAGAUGAUUCUACGGUUCUGAGAUUACUACCUUCGUCGGUGCUCUGUAGCAGCCGCCGGUCGCGCCGUGAUAGCCAAGCGGGGAAUUGGCUGCUACCAGAUAUGGACCCCGGCGGGUGCCGUCGCCCCCGUCGGCGGCCCCCCGGCGGCGGUGCCACAUUGGAGAGGAUGGAGAGGGCGUUGCUGACGGACUUGUAGGCCUCCGCCACCGCGCCGGCUACGGUCUCCUUUGCGGGGCCGGAGGCAGCGGCGAGGCCCUCGAGGCAGGUGGCGCGGUUGGUGAGGGCGGCGCUGAGAAAUGUGCGGACAUCGGAGAGCUUCUUGCCGGAGAGGACGAAGGAGGAGGACUUUCUGAGGCAGGAGAGGCUGAUCUGGUGGAGCUCCCAGCAGUCUUGGAGGGUGGCCCGCUGGUUCUCGACGACACCGGCGCCGGCGGAGCCGAGGAUUCUGGCGAGGUCUGAGGCCUCAGAGAGGGCGGAUUUCAGGGUCUGGAGGAGGAAAGUGAGGAUGGAGGGGCUGAUGUUGAUGUCAACGAAGAGGUUGAGGGAUUUGAGGCAGGUUUCGGGGUGGGGGGUGGAGUUGCAGAGUUUCUUGGCGGAGAGGGAGCUUGGGAGGACGGAGGGAGAAGAAGAGGACUCUGAGAGUGGCGGCGAUACUAGAAGGAGAAGAAGAAGAAUGCAGACUGUUGGCAAUGGUGAUGAAGAGGGCCGGAGGAGAGAGGAAGCCAUGGUGUGUCGAGGGUAGUCCCUACUGAGCGUGGAGCUCCUCUGUAAUCGCUGGAAUUAAGUAGUAAGAUGAAGCGCUUUGGAGCUACAGAAGUCGGUGACUGAUUCGUAUGACGAAUACGAGCCUGAGAGGGACUGCUGAGCCUCUCUGUCUCUCUCUCUCUCACACACACACACCCCACACACACAACGUCUACUGAGAUAUCUUUCCGCUCUCUCUCUCUCUCUCUCUCUCUCUCUCUCUCUCUCUCUACAUGAAGAACCCAGCCGCCGCCGUUCGAACAGAUGGCUAAGCUCUUACCUGUCGCGACCACAUGAAUAAAAGUUAGAGGUGUGGAGAGAGAAUGAGAAGUGAAGAGAUAGAUCGGUAGGCAUAGAGAGAAAUAGGUAGAGUGAGAGACGGAUAGAGAUUUAGAGAGAGAGACAAAUGUCGCAAGAUGAACACGUGGGUGUCUAGAGGGAGAGAGAGAGAGGAAGAUGUUCAGAGAGAGAGAUAAUCUGGCAUUUGCCGAUGUGGAACUAUUCGUAUAGUAUGCAUAAUUACUUUGAGAGAGAAAGAAAGAUAGAGGGAGCCAUUAAACAACUGUAGAAAAGCUGUAAGCGUUUGGCUGUGUCUGCCAAAUUAUUCAGCGAGUUAUGUCUAUCACAUGGCCAUCUUUUUCCUUGCCAUUACAUAUCGUGCUGGGGAGGGAGGGAGGGAAGAGAGAGAGAGAGAGAGAGAGUUAGGACAAAACAUAUGCCUGUGAGGGGAGGAGGGAGGGAUCGGUGGAUACCACAGACUCUCGCACAACACCUCUUGUACCCAUGCGGCCGACUGUCUGAACGGGGACGCGUGAACCAAGCAAGACGACGGAAGUUGGAUCUUUUUGCCACAUUUGAACCAGAGGGAGGGAGAGAGAGAGAGAGAGAGAGAGAGAGAGAGAGAGAGAGAGAGAGAGAGAGAGGGAGAGAGAGAGCUGCCAGGCGACUCUAACCGAAUAA